AGAAACACCCGUCUGAACAAGCUGUUUCACCCACAGCUGGGACUAAAAAUCUGCUGCUGUCAUGAAAGCAAGAGGGAGAACAUUUCACUUGUUAAAGCCUCCAAGAUAGAUUCCCUCAGGAGUAAAGUGGACUUGCUGCGCCUCCCUCUGACCCUCUCCUCCAAAUCCAUCAGCCACCGCAAGAGUCAGCUGGGUGUGGUCUGGGAGAAGGGCGGCGGCGGCGGCUCAGGGGCAGGAGGGGCCCAGAAACCCCGCCCACCGCUGGCCUCCGACAUGGACAACGAGUCGAUGUACUCGGGGUACUCCUACAAGUCGUCCCACUCGCGCAGCUCCCGCAAACACAGGGAGAGGAGAGACAGACAUCGCUCAAAGAGUCAUGACAGCAGCAUCCGCGGAGACAAAUCUGUGACCAUUCAGGCACCUGGAGAGUCGCUGCUGGACACGGAGUCCACCAGAGGAGACGACAGGGAUGACAACUGGGGCGAGACCACCACGGUGGUCACUGGCACCUCCGUUGACAGCAUCUCCAAUGAGGACCUGACGCGGAUCUCCAAGGACUUGGAGGACUCCUCGCCACUGGAGUGCCGUCGUUACCUCGCCCCAGCGUUGGGUGCCAUCCUGGGGCUCUUCGCCCUGGUCACCCCUCUGGCCUUCUUGGCCCUCCCACAGCUGCUUUGGCGGGACACGCUGGACGCUUGCGGCACGCCAUGUGAGGGUCUUUACAUUUCUCUGGCCUUCAAGCUCUUGAUCCUCCUCAUCUCCACUUGGGCGCUGUUCCUUCGCCCUCCCAGAGCCACUCUGCCGCGCUUCUUUGUCUUCCGCUGUCUGCUGCUGGCGCUGGUGUUCCUCUUUGUGGCGUCUUAUUGGCUCUUCUACGGGGUGCGGGUGCUGGAGCCCAGGGAGACGGACUAUAGGGGGAUUGUGGGAUAUGCGGCAUCUCUGGUGGAUGCACUGCUGUUCAUUCAGUACCUGGCGCUGGUGCUGCUGGAGGUCAGGCAUCUGCAGCCUUCCUUCUGUCUGAAGGUUGUGAGGACCACAGAUGGAGCCAGCCGCUUCUACAGUGUGGGACAUCUCAGUAUUCAACGGGCAGCAGUGUGGGUUCUGGACCAGUACUACACUGACUUUCCAGUUUAUAACCCUGCCCUGCUCAACCUGCCCAAGUCCAUCCUCUCCAAGAAGAUGUCUGCCUUCAAGGUCUACAACCUGGGGGAAGAAAACAACACCAAUAACUCCACAGGGCAAUCCAGAGCCAUGAUUGCAGCUGCUGCUCGCAAAAGAGACAAUUCCCACAACGAGUACUACUACGAGGAGGCAGAGGUGGAGCGGAGGGUCCGCAAACGCAAAGCCAGACUGGUUGUGGCAGUAGAAGAAGCCUUCACUCACAUCAAGCGUCAGCAAGAGGAUGAGGCAGUUGCAUCCUCUCCGAAACACCCCCGUGAGCUGAUGGACCCCAGGGAGGCUGCCCAAGCCAUCUUUGCCCCCAUGGCACGGGCCAUGCAGAAGUACCUUCGCGCCACCAGGCAACAAUCCUAUCACACCAUGGAGAGCAUCAUCAACCACCUGCAGUUCUGCAUCACGCACAACAUGACCCCCAAGGCUUUCCUUGAGCGUUACCUCAGCCCAGGUCCUACCCUCCAGUACCUGGACAACAGCAGGGGGCGCCAGUGGACGCUAGUGAGUGAGGAGGCAGUGACGGCCUCUCUACGUCAAGGCCAGGUCUUCUCCCUGAGAAGGCUCGACUUUUCCCUGGUUGUCACGGUGACGCCCCUCCCCUUCCUGCGCCUGGGUGAAGAGUUUGUUGACCCCAAAAGCCACAAGUUCGUCAUGAAGCUCCAGUCAGAGACAUCUGUGUAGGAGGUGGAGAUGAAUAAUGGACAAAAGAAAGGAGGAGAAUGGUGACUUAAAGAUACUAAUUUUAGUGCUUUCAGGGUCUCUUUUUAUACAUUUUAGUCUUUUAGUUAUUUUUCAUAUUUGUUGGUAAGCAUGAUACCCAAAUAUGCAGAGAGGACAUGGCUAAAAUGUCAUGAAACUGUAAUUUAAUAGUCCACUUACAGAAAAGAAAAGGCAAGGCAACAGAUACACUGUCUGACCUUGUUCCGCUUUUGUUUCUGGUGAAGUAUAAAAUUAGACUGACUGACUUCUGAUAAUGCACCACAGACACUGCUUCCACCACCCACUGAAGAAUUAGGACUGUUUUAUAUAGUAUUUCACCACAAAUUGAAUGAAAUACAUUCUGUUGAUAAAAAUUUGAUCCUUUGGUUAAAAAAGGAAUGACUAAUUGAGUCUAUGAAUUGGAUUUUAGCCACAUUUUGUAAUGGUGCAAAAUUUAUUCAAGAGAAUAUACCCAGGUAGGACUGGACUGUCUGUGGUCAAGUCUAUAUUCAAGACUUCUGGGUGAGCAGUAACACUAUACAGUUGACUUUUUUUAUGCACAAUCAGACUUGGUUCAAUCUUUGUCAGAGCUGAUCUUACUUCUCUUUCAUUUUUUUACUUGAACUUCUUGUUUGGCAUUUUACAGGCUAUAAACAGACUGGAAUCCAAAACAAAACAAUCACCUAAAAAGUCCCCUGACGUUUUUUCAGUUGUUGGAUGUUGACUGGAUUCACUGACUGAAUCAAAGGGAGGUGGAACUACUUUCGAACCGCUUCCUCUUUUUUGGAUUCCCCCCGAAUAGUUUACAUGUAUACUCUCCACUGACAGUAUUUAAUUAUGAAACACUGGAUGGACUUGACACACUGAGCAGUUCAUAAACAUAUUGUAUUAUUUCCUGUUUAGGUUUUGAAGAAUCACCUCUCAUUUCUGGAAUUUUCAUUUUAUGGCUUACGCUUCUGCACUGAACAGAAAUACAACUUUCUAAGCACAAUGUCGGCUCAACAGAGGGCCAGUUUAUGUCCAGUAACACUGGUAGCAGAUGUUUUCAAGCUCUGCAUAUGAGAUUGAUAAGCCAAGUACAACCAAUGUGCUUCUUUUUGGCAGCUUGAUGUUACUUUCUGACUUUGAUAUUUUGCGGAGUGCGUGUGUGAAUUUGUGUGUGUGUGGUUGAACAUGGCUGGACAAAGAGGGUAACGCCCCAGGGCCCAAGACCACCAAGGGCCCCAAAAGCCCUGAGUUUACUUGAUGUACAGUACCAGUAAAAAGUUAGGACACACCUUCCCAUUCUCUUGAAUGAAAAAGUGUGUCCAAACAUUUGACUGGUACAGUAGGUAAUUUGUUAAUUCCAAAUUUUCUUUUAGGAACUUUCACUGUCUACAUACAAUAUAAACUUAGACAGAUCCUUAUCUAACCAUGUGGCCUUGUCUCAUAACAGUGCCCUGUGUCAAACUAAUUGUAAGACCUUAAAGCUACUACUGGACCUUAAAACUAGUGCCCCACUGAUUUAUCAUCAGUAUCAGUCUAACACUGUCGGACUCAUGAUGUGAAUAAAAAAAGUAUUAACAUGAAUCCCGCAGAACCAGAGAUGUCAUCUUUUUUUUUUUUUUUUUUAUUCCACACAUUCCUCUUCUUUGUCAAAAGCUGGUGCCAACAUUACCCACAAUGCAACUCAACCAUCAACUGUUGGGUCUGAGAUUCUGGUGCAUUAUGCUAGUAACUGCUAACAUAGCAUCAAGUUGCUAUAGCGUCAAGCAGAAAUGAGGAGCAAGGCCACAGAAGUCUAGUAACCUCACUUCUUUCUAACUCAACACCCCUGGAUUUUAAUCAUUUUCAAACUUUUAGUCUUCAGCCCCAACUGACCUGAAAUAUGCCCAUUACAGUUCCCCAAUGCACAAGGCACAAGUGAACAUAUUCAAAGUGUUUCUUUUGUGACAAUGAAUUGAUUAUCAAAAUUGUUGCAGUUUGAUUUUAUGUUGAUUAAUAGACUAAUAAUUCCAGCUCUAGUGGACUAGUUGGUUUCUGGUUGUCUGUGGGAAAUAAUGAACCUGCCGUAUUGACAGUCAACAGGGGCACAACAACACAUGUUCAACCCCAAACAGUUUAAUCCGGCCAUGGGUUGAGUUUUUUGUGUGUACAUUUGUGUGUCUUUUUGCUACUCAAAGAUGUCCUUUUCUACACUAAAGAGAGAGAUUGUUGUGUCACUCACAGUUUACAUGUACAUUUUGAUGCAGUUUUGGAAGGUAAGGUUGUGCUUUUCCUGUUUAUUGAUCGAUUUGUUCUGCCGUCACUUUGUUGUAUUGAUUCUAAGCUCCCUAACAAACACAUUCUAUUUACUGUUACACUGUGUUUAGAACUGAGUUGAUGUGAAAGGUUUUUAAUAAAUAAUGUCACCCUUUUGA